GGUGACACCCAUGUUCCGACAGCAGUGCUCCUGGGCCCCAGCUGGAUUCUACAGGCGAAGGCACUGAGGAAUGAGACUGUUCGCCCGAAGUGAAACUCAGCCGCCUGUGACAAAUUUGAGCGUUUCUGUUGAAAACCUCUGCACGGUCAUCUGGACAUGGGACCCUCCUGAGGGAACCAGCCCGAAUUGCACCUUACGGUAUUUUAGUCAUUUUGACAACAAACAGGAUAAGAAAAUUGCUCCUGAAACCCAUCGUUCAAAAGAAGUGCCCCUGAACGAGAGGAUUUGUCUGCAAGUAGGAUCCCAGUGUAGCACCAAUGAAAGUGACAAUCCUAGCAUUUUGGUGGAAAAAUGCACCCCGCCCCCUGAAGGUGAUCCUGAGUCUGCUGUGACUGAGCUCCAAUGCGUUUGGCACAACCUGAGCUACAUGAAGUGUACUUGGCUCCCUGGAAGGAACACAAGUCCCGACACCAACUAUACUCUCUACUACUGGCACAGCAGCCUGGGAAAAAUUCUUCAAUGUGAAAACAUCUAUAGAGAAGGUCAACACAUUGGUUGUUCCUUUGCUUUGACUAAUUUGAAGGAUUCCAGUUUUGAACAACACAGCGUCCAAAUAGUGGUCAAGGAUAAUGCGGGGAAAAUUAGACCAUCCUUCAAUAUAGUGCCUUUAACUUCUCAUGUGAAACCUGAUCCCCCACAUAUUAAACGGCUCUUCUUCCAAAAUGGUAACUUGUACGUGCAAUGGAAGAAUCCACAGAAUUUUUAUAGCAGAUGCUUAUCUUAUCAAGUAGAAGUCAACAACAGCCAAACAGAGACGCAUGAUAUUUUCUACGUUGAAGAAGCCAAGUGUCAGAAUUCAGAAUUUGAGGGAAACCUGGAGGGUACAAUUUGCUUCACGGUCCCCGGCAUCCUCCCCGACACUCUGAACACAGUGAGAAUCCGGGUGAGGACGAAUAAGCUGUGCUACGAGGACGACAGGCUGUGGAGCAACUGGAGCCAGGCGAUGAGCAUAGGUGAGAACGCCGACCCCACAUUCUAUAUAACCAUGCUGCUCGCCACCCCGGUCAUCGUUGCGGGUGCCAUCAUAGUCCUCCUGCUUUAUCUCAAAAGGCUCAAGAUCAUUAUAUUCCCUCCAAUUCCUGAUCCUGGCAAGAUUUUUAAAGAAAUGUUUGGAGACCAGAAUGAUGACAGCCUGCACUGGAAGAAGUACGACAUCUAUGAGAAGCAAACCAAAGAAGAAACUGACUCUGUUGUGCUGAUAGAAAACCUGAAGAGAGCCUCUCAGUGACGGGGCUAAUUUAUUUUACCCUUCGACGUGACGAUUCAUCCCACUCUCCGUUUGUUAUCUGGGAACGUGUUAAAUGGAAAGCGAAACUACUGGGCCAUUUAAAAACAGGCAGCUCGUAAGAGCCACGGUCUUCAUGUCAAGUCGUGCACUGAGAAACUAAACACAAGGGGCUCUUUGGCGAAGAGAGCGGAGUCAUUGUCGUUGGAUUAGAAAAGCAGACCUCCCUCGCGAAGGCUUCAAAGUAGGGGGCAAAGCAAACAGCGGUGAUGGCGGUAGAGGUCAUCUUAUCCAGAGUUGUGACGACUUCUGAGGGUUCUGUGCCUGCUUUGUACGCUUUGUGUCCCACCACACCGAUGCAUUUUAUGUGGGGGCGGGGGGGGGGAUCUCAUUCUGGAUGCAGGCGCUAAUGCCAGACUUGAGUCACGGCGAGCAUCUACCAAACGAACUUGAUGGAAUCUGUCACAAACGAAAUUGAUGAAACCUAUUAUCCGUUGUUCGGGAUCUCACGGCGUGUUUGUGGCUCUGUAAACCCUUAGCAGUCCGGACUCGUCAGCCCCCUGAGCAGCAGCUUGCCCCGCUUUGGAAGGCCCGGGCGUCAGUGUUGGCCACGAGCGUGGCCACGACAGCAAGAGCCUUUCAGAGCCGUGGCAGGCUUUUAAGGGCAGUGGAGGUCGAAUGCCUUAUUGGGCGUUGGGAUCUGCCCCGUGCCAUCUCUCGUGGCGUCUUGUUUCUUCUUCACCUCUGCUACUCCAGUCAAAUACUCCGCCCGUGUCCAGAUCGUGCUAGGCCCCCGGGUGGGAGGCACCACUCAAAGGGUUGACGGUCCAGUUGAGACGCCUCUCUUCUGACCCCUCUAUCUCCACCAGUCAUUUUCCAGAGCUUUCGGCUCCCCGGUUCCCGUACCCGUUUCCCCUGCCCCAUCGGCCCCCCCGUUCCCGCCGUCGUGUCCUUCUGUCCCCUUUCGCUAGCAAUUAGAAUAUAAAGCUGCUCAGCACACCUAGAAGAGCAGGGAGGACUCUGCACCUCAGGUAAAGCGUGAGGCGACUAAGAAGCAAUGACUGAUUCUUGCAUGUUUUGUAUGGAACUUCUUGCAUGAGUCUGCGUUCGUUUGAAGGUUUUCAGCGCUUACUAUUUCUCUAUGCAUUUUUCUAAGCAGAAAGGAGGUAUUCUCCUCACUUAGAACUUCGCUGUUCGUAGGGGCGCCUGGGUGGCUGGGUCGGUCGAGCGUCCGACUUCGGCUCAGGUCGUGAUCUCACAGCUGGUGAGUUCGAGCCUCGCGUCGGGCUCUGCGCUGACGGCUCGGACCCUGGAGCCUGCUUCGCGUUCUGUGUCUCCCUCUCUCUCUGCCCCUAACCCACUCGCAUUCUGUCUCUGUCUCUCUCAAAAAUAAAUAAACAUUAAAAAAGAAAGAAAGAAGAAAAAAAAGAACUUCGCCGUUCACUUCAGAAGAGGAGAGUCCCGUCUUCCCCUUCCCCCGUGCUGCCCCAAGUGGUUACGAGUAGGUUUUGCAUCUUCUAUCGAUAGCUUCUGAGGCUCCAACAUUUGUAUCCAUUUUUGUUUGGGGUUUUUUUGGCCUACCAAGUGAGGGCUCCACCGGCACCCAGCCCUACAACACAUGCACAGAGACGUUCCCCUCUGCUCCUCCUCUUUCCUCCAGGUUUAACGAAGCGUGGAACUGAGGGGUCCCCCUCGCCCUCCCCCCCCCCCCCCCCC